AUGACCUACGAACAUGAAAUAAAUGAUAUUUUGAAGGAAGCUUACAUUGGGAAACAUUCUACAGUGAAUGCAAAGUUACUUAAUCUACUUCAGCACACAAAAGAAUCCAACGACCCUAUUUUACUUAAGCAAGUUAUAUGGUUAAAUGAACAAAUCAAAAAUAUUACAGAUAGGGAAAGAGUAGAGUGGUUGAUGUCUGUUGUUCGGGAUAAAUUUUAUCCUCCAUUGUGUAUAGAUAAUGCUACAAGCAUACCGUGGAAUAACAUAGAUUCUAGUGUUUUAAAGGUAGAUCAAAGUAAAACAUUGAAAGAAAAAUACCCAAUUACAGGAUCUUUGAAAGAAACGAAAUAUUUUCCUAAUGAAGAAGUAGUUAUGCCAGAUCAUAAAAUUCCAAUUGAACAAAGUGCGGAUAUUGGCGACUGUUCACUUGUAGCAUCAAUAAUUAAUAUAAGAAAGGCAUUGCUCGAUAUACCGAGAAUCAAAAAGGUAUCAGAUAAUUGUUAUCAGGUUCAGUUACAUUUUAAUGGGUCAGACAAAAGAUUAGUUUAUGUCGAGAGUUCACAGAUACCUACAAAAUUAGACGGAGAUCAAUUAUCACUAAAAAGUAACUCAAAAGAUGAUAAAAUUAUAGAAAUUGCAUGCUUAGAUAUCAAUACAGGAUCUUACGAUACACAGGGAUCUAAUGUGGUUAUUGAUACAUAUCUAAUGACGGGUUUUAUCCCUGAGAUAAUUCCUGUAAAAAAUGUUACUUUUGAACGUUUUUCCAAAUAUUUUAAGAGUAACCUAUGUUUAAUGGCAAUCGGUACUUCUGAUAUUAAUAAAGAUGACCCUUUUAAUAAAAACCUUCUACCAUUCCAUGAUUAUGUAAUUAUUGAGAUUAAUGAUAUUACAAAACAGGUUGCGCUCCAGGACCCAUUAGAUUUGAAACUUAAUUUGAAGUUUACAUUUAAUGAACUUUUUCAACGUUCAUUUUAUCAAUUAUAUAUGAAUUGGGAUCCUACAAAAUUAUUUAAGUCCGAAAGGCGGUUAACAUUCAGGUACGACUCUGCUGAAGCAAACGUACUUGAUAGCAUAUAUGGUAAACCAUUUUUUAAAUUGACAAAUAAGUCCUCUAAUAAUCAAACAGUAUGGUUAUUCUUGGAAACUCAUAUCGAACAGGAUAUUAAGGAAAAUAUAGCAUACAUUCAAAGAAUUCCACCCUCUAGUAUGCUAUCGAAACCAUUUCCACCUAAUGAUUCUGUUGUUGAUAUCGGAUUGCAGUUACUGAAGGUUGAUAUACCUGGUACCUCUUUUAUGAACUUUUUUGUAUAUUCAAAAAACAACGCACAUUUUACACUUCAUUCACAUUCGAUCUCAACCGCUAUUCAAUUAACUAAACCUAAAAUCCAAAAUUACAUUUCGGCUUCUGAAUUUACAUGGAACAAAUCAGAUGGUAUAACUGCUAAAGUUUCUCGACCUAUGGAAUAUUUAAUUGGUGGUCGAAAUUUCUAUUUGAAUCCAACCUUUGCUUUGGAAAUCAGAUCCGAUGAUAACGAAGAAAUUCUAUUUGAUAUUCAAUUGCAUUCUAUUUUUACAGAUGAUAUUCUGAGUGUACAAAUAUUUAACACAAAUGAUGAGAAUCUAUUGAAUCCGAUCUUACCUAUGUCAGAUUAUCCGAGUAGCAUGUGCACAAAAUUAGGCGUGCCCUUAAUGACAAACAUUAAGUAUAAGUUGAUAUUCUCAAGAUAUAAAGAACUCACAGCAAACGAAAAAUAUACAGUAUUGAUGUACGCCAAAAGAAAGAGUGAUCAAAGCAAUGAGGGAUUAUCGAUUGACAUUAACAGAAUUUAUAAUGAAUAUGGGGGACUGGCAUACCAAAACAAAGCUAAUAUAACAUUUGAACCUACCAAAAACCGUUAUAAACUCUUUUUAACCAAUACAGAUCGUACUAACGAAUUAUUCAUAAGAAUCAAACCCGCGGAAGAAACCGGAAAAGCUGUUAGGUGUAACGUUUUUGAUGGAGAAUCUCAUGAAUGUAUAUUCCAUGAUAAUAAUUUCUAUAAAGGGACCUUUGUAAUUCCAAAGGUACCAAUUGAAUCGGAUUGUAAAUCCAUUGUUUUACUGGUAGAAUUAGAAGAAAUAAUUAACAGAAACCUGGCUUAUCAAAUAUUUAUAGGCUCUAAAUGGAAAAUAUCCAGAGAUGAAAAAGGCCAGAAAAUAUAA